GUGGAGACUGAGUCGUAUUGGCGUCUUCCUCGUUAAGGGUGGCGCGUCUUUUCCCAAAAAUCAUUAGCUAUGGCUGCAGAGGCUGCUUUCAAGACUCCUAGUAAGCUAGAAGGAACAAGAAGGAAAUCCGGACAAAGUACUUCAUCUACACUAUCUAUUCCAGCUUCUCCCUUCAUGCGAAAACUGGGAUAUGGAACUGGUGUCAAUGUUUACCUUAUGAAACGGUCUCCUAGAGGGAUCUCUUGCUCUCCCUGGGCUGUAAAAAAAAUAAAUACCAAAUGUAACUCCAGCCAGCAAAGUAUUUAUCAAAAGAGGCUGAAUGAAGAAGCUGAUAUUCUAAAAAACCUUCAGCACCCAAACAUUGUGGGGUUUCGUGCAUUCACUGAGGCCAAAGAUGGAAGUAUGUGUCUUGCUAUGGAAUAUGGUGGGGAGAAGUCCCUGAAUGACUUGAUUGAAGAAAGAAAUGAAAAGCAGAAGAAACCUUUUCCAGCUGCCACCAUUCUCAAAGUAGCGCUGCACAUGGCAAGGGGCUUGAAGUAUCUUCACAAUGACAAGAAAUUGCUUCAUGGUGACAUAAAAUCUUCUAAUGUUGUCAUUAAAGGUGACUUUGAAUCGAUAAAGAUUUGUGAUGUGGGUGUCUCUUUGCCUCUAGAUGAAAAUAUGAUGGUGAGUGAUCCAGAAGCUGAGUACAUUGGCACUGAGCCCUGGAAACCCAAAGAAGCCCUAGAAAAAGAUGGUAUUAUCACUGACAAAGCUGAUAUCUUUGCACUUGGGCUGACUUUGUGGGAGAUGAUGACACUUUCCGUACCUCAUCUUAAUCUGCUUGGAGAGGAUGAUGAUGAUGCUUCUUUUGAUGAAGCUGACUUUGAUGAUGAUGCCUAUUAUGCAGCGCUUGGAACUCGGCCACCACUCAAUAUGGAAGAGCUGGGCCCUUCAUAUCAACGGGCUGUUGAGCUUUUCUCCUUGUGUACUAUGGAAGAUCCAAGAAACCGUCCUGCAGCAGCACAAGUUGUGGAUGUUUUAGAGUCGGAAGAGUUCAAAUAUUAGCCAACCCAAAUCAACUCCUGCAUCAUAUGGCACCUUCUCCGUUCUCUUCUAGAAAUGUUUGUAGGUGCUAACAUAGUUAGAUUAUGUGAGAAUAUUCAAUACUUAGUUUCUAGUUCAAAUGUAUUUAAGAUUAAGUGGUCAUCUGUUCCAUUUUAAACUAUUUAAGUUGCUGGAUUAUUCUUUUUAGAUCAGAUAAAUUAUUUCAGUACCUUUUGUUUUCUUAUUGAUAAGCUGAUGUGAAAACAUGUAGAAGAGGAUGACUAAUUCAGUGUUAAUAUGCACGAUUUGGAUGUAAGUGAACAAAUUCUCCAACUUCUGUUAUGUUCUAGAUAAGUUACAUCAACUGAAUGUGACUCAGACAUAUUACUCAACAUGAGAAUUUGCAAUUCAUUCAGAAAAUGGCUGCACAUGUUGUAAAGGUCAACUAUUUGUUUCCAGUUUUCAGCAAUAAAUUACUGCUUUUGAGUGAUGUUA